GGAAAUCUUGUGUUCGUCGAGUUUUUAAAAAGUUGUAAAAUCGACUGUGUAACAUUCACGGUCUAGAAAAAUGUCGAAACGAAGGCAUAAGUGGGCAAUAGAAUUUGUACCUAGCAGGGGCAGAGGUGAAAGGUCACUUGUACCCACAGCAGAAAGCUUGCCUGCACCUGUAGGAUUUGUAGAUUCCUCAAGUGUUGCAGAGCGGCCUAAAGAAGCAGAUCCCAACCUAAUAGCAAAAAGAUCUUGGGAUAUCGCUCUAGGGCCAAUCAAGCAAGUCCCAAUGAAUAUGUUUAUUAUGUGGAUGGCUGGCAGUUCAAUCUCUAUAUUUCCAAUAAUGAUGGUCGGCAUGAUGUUUUUUAGACCUAUCCAAGCAAUGUUAUCCAUCCAAAACAUAUUCAAGAGUAUAGAAGGUGAUCAGGCGGCAUUCCAGAAGCUUGUCUACUGCAUUGGCAACAUUCUGUGUUUAGCCAUGGCUGUGUAUAAAUGUCAGACAAUGGGACUACUACCAACACAUGCAUCAGAUUGGCUGGCUUUUGUUCAACCACAAGAGAGAAUGGAAUGGUCAGGAGGAGGGAUGUUCCUGUAAUGAAAGUGCAUUUCUUUCCUCAAUGAUUUGGCAUUUAUUAACUUUUUAUUAUUUGGAGACCUGUCUGAUGGACAGCCACUUGCUGUGACACGUCAUUUUAAAGAAAAAUUUUGUCCACUGAUUCUAGUGACAAAUGUAAACAGUCCAGACAUCAGGAAGUUGCCAUUUAAAAUUUAUUUAAAUGUGAUUUUUUUUAUUGUAACUGUACCAUUUGGAUCUUGGCUGUUUAUUAAAAAACUUUUUAUUA